AUGGAGGCAGAAAAAACAGAUAGUGAAGGGCAAGCGCCUAAAGCAACCGACGUCGAUGCGGCACUGGAAUAUCUUAAUCAUGAAAACAUUACAGUGAUGACUGAGAUCGAUGAGAAGGCCCUUGUUAGAAAACUUGAUUGGACAAUUGUCCCGCUUAUGUGGGCUUGCUACAAUCUUCAAUAUCUUGACAAGACACUGAUCAAUUAUGCCAAUGUUAUGGGGCUACAAGAAGAUACCGGAAUAACCGGAAAUCAGUUUUCUCUUCUCGCCACACUUUUCUACGUUACAUAUCUGGCAUUCGAGUUUCCUACGGGUUAUCUUAUGCAAAGACUCCCCACUGCGAAAUACCUUGGGGCGAAUGUAAUUCUCUGGGGGUUGAUAAUCACAUUGAACUCCGCCGCAAAGAAUUGGGCUGCUCUCGCAACCCUUCGGACCCUUCUGGGAUGCUUUGAGGCUGCGGUAGCACCAGCGCUCAUAUUGGUAACAAGCAUGUGGUAUAAACGAUCUGAACAGCCUGCUCGUGUCGGUUUCUGGUACGUCGGAACAGGAACAGGCACGAUUAUCGGAGCUUUAACAUCAUUCGGGUUCCAACAUUACGAGUCGGAAAUAUUCACACCAUGGCAGAUUAUGUUCCUUCUAUUCGGUCUCAUUACCAUUGCGGUCGGCAUUCUCACAAUGAUAUUCCUUCCUGAUAGCCCGAUGAAGUCACGUCUCACUCGCGAGGAGAAAAUAUGGGCGAUUGAGCGUCUCCGCGAGAAUCAAACCGGUAUCGAGAAUAAGCACUUCAAGAUAAACCAAGUAUGGGAUUGUUUUACCGACCCGCAAACUUGGCUUAUCAUUCUCAUGACAAUUACGAUGAACAUACCGAACGGUGCUGUCAGCAGUUAUCAAGCGACGAUUAUCAAAGGCUUUGGAUAUACUUCCAAGGAAACCGCCCUGCUGUCCAUUCCCUCCGGCGUGGUUAGCUGUAUAUCAGUCAUCGGAGGGGGUAUCAGCUCAGCCAAAUUCAACGCUCGCGGGCCCGUCAUCAUUAUCCUCCUACUUAUAGGAGGUAUACUCGGUGGUUCUCUUCUAGCCUUCUCAGAUGCGACCAACAAGCCUGCGCUGCUGGCGGGAAACUACCUCACCAAUGUCAUCGGAGCAGCGCUGCCAUUAGUCUAUUCAUAUUCAGCAGCUAACUAUGCAGGUCACACGAAGAAAGUUACCAUGAAUGCAGUCGUCCUCGUGUCAUUUUGCGCGGGGAAUAUCAUUGGGCCGCAGACAUUCCGCGACUCUGACAAGCCUCAGUACCUCCCCGCGAAAAUCGUAAUUGUGGCAUCAACGGCUGUAGCGGCGGUUACGACAGGCGUAUUGAUGGCUUAUUACGCCUGGGAGAAUCGAAGACGCGAUCGACUGCACUUGGGCCUUGAGCAUAAGAAGAAUAGUGAGUUCUUCGAUAUGACGGAUCGCGAGAAUAAGGAAUUUCGAUACCGGUGGUAA